AUGGAAGACGAACUAUUAGAUGAAACACAACAUGGAGGUAAAGUGGCGUUAGAAUUUGUCCAGAAAAAGCGAUUCUCAUCCAAAAUCUAUGCGGCUAUCGUGGUUUUUGUAAUAGCAGUAAUUUUAAUAGCAGUCUUAAUCACUCUCUUUGCUACCGGUAUCAUCGGCGGCAACAAGGCUCAAACUCCAACCAAUGUAACCAAUGUUACUAUCAAUGGUGUACCAGGAGAACGCUGGGAUUAUGUCACCGUUCGACCUGGAGCGCAUAUGUUCUACAUGUUUUAUGGCUCAACAAAGACAACACCUUCACGCGAUCAGUUGCCUUUAAUCCUAUGGUUGCAAGGUGGUCCGGGUGGAUCGUCCACUGGAUUUGGUAACUUUGCAGAAAUUGGCCCGUUAGAUAUUAAUCUGAAGCCAAGGAAAUCUACUUGGCUAUCGCGAGCCAACUUAUUGUUUAUAGAUAAUCCUGUAGGUACUGGAUGGAGUUACGUUGAUAAUUCCUCCUUGUAUACCACCGAUGUGGAUCAAAUUGCUUCCGAUCUCGUCGUAGCUAUCAAAGUUAUAUUCAAUCAAAUUCCUAAAAUGAGAAAAGUACCAUUCUAUAUUUUUGCUGAGUCGUAUGGUGGAAAGAUGACUGUAGCAUUUGCAAUCCAAUUGAAAAAGGCUAUUGCUUCCAAUAGUAUUCAAUGCAAUUUUCAUGGAGUAGCCCUUGGAGAUUCAUGGAUAUCACCUUAUGACUAUGUUAACACUUGGGGACCAUACUUAUUUGCUUUAUCGUUAUUGGAUAAGAAGGAAGAAAAAUCGGUCCAAUAUUACUCAUCCUCUAUUGCACAAGCAAUGAAAAAUCAACAGUAUCAAAAUGCUACUAAUUUGUGGCGAUCAGCAGAACGAUACAUAGAAUUGGUAACUGGGAAUGUCAAUUUUUACAAUGUUUUAUCGCAUCGCUACCGUUUCUCCUCUAAAAAACGAGAGCAGUCGGAACAAGAAAAACUUGAAGCUUAUUAUCAUUCUAGAGUUCGCCGAUCAUCGGGGCGCACACUUUCUUCAGUCAUGAAUAGUGACGUCAGGAAAAUGUUAGGAAGUAUCAUUCCUUCUAAUGUUGUAUGGGGUGGCCAAGCAAAUCAAGUCUUUGCAUAUCAAGAAAUUGAUUUUAUGAAGCCAGUGAUUGAUAGAGUAGAUGAGUUGUUAAAUAUGAAUGUUACUGUUGCCGUCUAUAACGGCCAAUUAGACGUUAUAUGCGAUACCUUGGGUACGGAAGCUUGGAUGGCAAAAUUAAAAUGGAAAAAUUUGCAAAACUUCCAAAGUGCUAAGAAGCACAUUAUGAAAUUAAGCAACAAAUCAGUUGCUGGCUUUUAUAAAAAAUUCAAUAAUCUGUCCUUAUUUUGGAUACUGAAAGCUGGUCAUAUGGUACCAAUUGAUGCACCUGACGCUGCACUACAAAUGGUAGAUACCAUACUCACAUUUUAA